CCAUGAGGGGUUACAGAGGAUUGGAGAGAGCUCCUAGCCAAAGCUCUACCUGCAGCCCAGACCUAUAAUAUCCAGGCAGUGAGCGACAAGGCAGAGUCAGGGAGGCGGCAGGGCAGGCCUAUACCCUGGGCAAGCGCGCGCCUGCGUCCUUAACACGGGCAACCGGGUAAACGACAGAAGGUUUUCCCCACUUGCUAACGGGUAGUGGGAGACUUGGCCUCCUGUUUACAGGAUAACAGGGAAUAUACCUCUUCACUUUCCACCGAUAUACACUACUGACAAUAUCCCCGAAGUCGUAUCCACGUUAGGAUCGUGGUGAAUAGUCAUAGCGCUAUUUUGAAUAAUUGACGGUUUCAAGGGGUAAUAUUUAGUCGAAUAAUUUGAGGGAAGGGGGUGGAAAUUGACUGCGGAUAUUCGGUAAAUUUCGGCUGGAUGUGUAUGUUGCUGAUUAAAUUUUUUAAUUUGAGAUUUUAUGGUUGAACCGUCCAAGGCUAUUCGGUGCUGGACUCUGUUACGCUCGUGGACAACUGGGACCAAGGGAAGUGCAGGCAUGGCAUCUCGUGGUGAUUGAAGCUGAGUUAAAUCAUUUGCAACAGAGAAGGAGGGAAGUGAAGAGGAGACGAAUGAAAGAGGAUAAUUAGGGUACUAGUGUACAGUGAAUGGAUUUGUCGGUACCAUGUUCAGGUUCAAGAGUAACCAGCCAAACGUCGUUGAGAGUAAUCCAAUAUGGGAUGAAUUUGUAGCAUCAAAGCAAGCACCAAGCGCUACCGCGGGACCAGAACACGUCUGGAGGAUCUUCGACGCAUACAGAAAGAGCGACGGACAGGAGGUUUCGGUGUUUCUUUUUGAAAAACGCUCGGUGGAAAAAUUUCACAAGCCAAAGCUCAAGGAGCAGGUGACAGACCUUCUCCGAAGAUGUCCAAAAAACCUUGAUGAGUUCAGGCAUCCAAAAUUGCUCCAAGUAGUUCAUCCAGGGUACGAGUGUUCGGAAACUCUGGCAUUUGCCACUGAGCCAGUACUGGGGAGUCUUGCUAAUGUAUUGGCAUACGUUGAGCAGCAGGCCGCUCUGGCCGCUGCUAAUUCAGCAAGUGCCUCAUCAGCUCAUCCCCCGGCAAACUACCCCGCUGGUCAAAAUCCUCAUCAACAUCCACCAGGUCAUCGACCAGUGCUCGUUAAAAAAUAUGAAAUGCUCGCUAUGGAAAUAAAAUACGGUCUAUUGCAGAUCACCGAGGCCCUCUCUUUUCUCCACUGCAGUUGCAAGGUCAUCCACAGAAAUGUCUGUCCAGGCAGUAUUAUUAUAACAAAGAAGGGAACGUGGAAAUUGUUCGGCCUCGAAUUCAUUGAAGGAACAACUACAUCAGAGAACGGCCUAGAACCCGUGCCCUGCAACUCAUGGACACACAAAUUAUCCAAGAUCGUUCAGCCGAAUCUCGAUUAUAUUGCCCCAGAAAUUCAACUCAACAAGGUAUGUAGCCCUCUGAGUGAUAUGUUCAGUCUAGGAAUGGUAAUGGCAGCAAUUUACAACGAUGGAAAGUCUCUUAUUCAAGCGAAUCACAGUACUUCUGAUUACGCUAAGCAGAUUGCAAACCUACCUGAACAAGUAGACAAUGUACUGGGCAGAGUACCUUUGCCCCUUCACGAGGCGGUUUCAAGACUUCUUUAUAAAGAUUCCGAUGCACGACCCAUGGCCAAACAUCUCUCCCUGAUCAAAUACUUCAGUGAUCCAUCUGUUCAUGCGCUCCAAUUUCUCGACGUGAUAAACAUGAAAGAUCCAAAUCAAAAAUCUCACUUCUACAGAAAUACCUUGAAGGAAGUACUUCCAUUUAUACCACUGAAAUUGUGGUACCAGCACAUCUGGCCUUAUCUUCAAGCUGAAUCUAAAUCCCAAGAGGUAUUCGCAGCGGUCCUCCAACCAAUGCUAUUUAUUAUACAACAAAGUCCCCCUGAGGAUUACCAAAAUAUAAUAUUACCCUCGUUCCGAGAAUUAUUUUCAACCCCAAAAUCAAUUCAGGGUACAGUUGUAUUGUUAGAAAAUCUUCACGUUGUUUUUGAAAAAACACCUCGUGAUAUUAUACGUGGAGAAAUGCUACCAAUGCUCUACUCCUCAUUUGAAAGCCCUAAUAUACAGAUACAGGGGGCUGCAUUCAAAGCUGUUACGAAGGUCAGUGAAUACCUCGAAGAUGGUGCACUGAGAAAAAUUGUUCUACCGAAAUUAAUGAAUGCAUUUGAGAAUAGUACAACUGACUCACGAAUUCUCACGAAUUGUCUAUCAAGGAUUCUCGAGACACUUGACACCCAGCAAAUUGUUGAUGAAGUUUAUCCAUUUAUCUGGGAUUUCAAACUACAACAGCCGGAAACCAUAACACGGGUUGUAACAAUAUGCAGACUCUUGUCCAGCAACAAAAAGUUUGGACUCACGAUAAACAUAAUUGCAACAAAGAUGAUGCCACUACUACUCCCAGCAACAGUUAAUCCGUCCCUUAAUCUCGAGCAAUUCCAAACGCUGAUGGAGCUCCUUCAAGGCAUGCUCAGUCGCAUUGAAAGUAAUCAAACGAACAAGCUGAAGCUCUCCCUCUCCAGUCCCGAACGGCAUCGACCGCUGAGGCAUCAGUUCAGCACCGAAAACAUGCAUGUGCCACCGUUCAAUAUCCCCGGGCUGAGAAUCGAGCAGAGGAAAACAUCGUCAGCUGAGGACAUGGCCAGAAAAAAUUCCAUAGGCUCAAUGUCGAUGACAGCAUCAGCGGAAAACAUGACGCAGCGCAAGAACUCCAUGACCAACAUGAUCUCCAACUGGUGGUACUCGUCAUCGUCGUCGGCAAGAGACGGCACCUUCCUGAGUGUCGGCAGUGCCUUCCCCAGUCGUCGACUGUCCGACAAUACUCUCAUGACACCCAAGAUUCGCAUUGCACCAUCCUGCUCGAGUUCUCCAGGAGGUACUCCUGGUGGCGGCCUGCCAAUCAGACGUCACUCCAGCACAGGACCACAGGAACGUCGUGGAUCCAACGUCAAUCUGUCACCUCCAACAGGUGGAAUGCCGACGACAAGCAGCAGUGUCCCCUAUCUUCUGAGCUCGAGUAUGACAAGUAUUCGAAAUUCCCGGAGACCAUCAGUUUCAUCGACGACAUCACAGCAGGGAUCUGGCCUACUCCAGCAAUUUGGCACCGGCAUGAGUCAACGGGCUAAUUGGGAUUACUAUCACCCUGAUGAUGAUACAUCAACGAAUCCAGUAUCAAUCGUCGUUACAAUCGACGGACCAUCAACGAUUGAACAGAUGCGGGCGCAAUAAUAUUAAUUUAUUAUUAUGGUUUAUUUGAAUAACCUUAGUUUCUCUAGCUGUAUCUUGUACAUACGUUUUAUUUACACCUUUGAAAAAAUAGGCCUCAGAGAUUUUUAGUUAAUUUUAUAAAAAGAGUAAACAUGGUGCUACAUACGCACCUCAUUAUUUUAAGACUUAAUGAAUGAAAGAAACGAAAGCGAAGAAAGUACAUUUAAAAAUCAAGACCAAAUGAAGUACCGAGGAGACGUUCUUUUAAAAGAACGAUUAAUCAUUAUCGAUCUCAGUUUUUAGAGAAGAAUAUAACAUGUGAAAUGCCACACAUAUCCUCGGCCUCGUCCAAAAAUCAUAUUUUUUUGUGAAUGAUAGGUGUAGAUAUCGUAGUAUUUACUCGGAAAACUGCCGGGGCAAGGAUUCUGGCAAUUCAAUGAGAAUUCAAGUAAUUGAAAAUCAAUUGAGAUGAAAAAUCCUUUAAAUCUAAAAUGAAAAAGGCCAGUCUCUUGAAAUAACAUCUUGUUUCAUCUUGUCUCAAUGUAAAUCGUCAAUUUAUGUAACUUUCAAUUGAAACUGCAUUAACAAUCACUAUUUAUUAAGAUUAGAUUUUGUACUAGCGACGAUCGUGCACAAAUCAAACAAUCGAUGGUUGAUUAAAUGAGUGAAACGAGUUUUAAAAGAUAGAUGAAUCUAUUUUCUCUGAGAAUAACAAUUAACAUCGAACGAUCGCCGGUGGUGAACGAUCUGAAUUUUUAGAUAAUGAUCCAGGUAAUUUUUUGCCAGAUAUCAGACAUAUAAUUAAAGAAAGGGGAACUUUACAAUCAUAGUUUAAAUCUACUCGCUUAAUGCAUGACGUAUUCCGUAUUACAAAAUGAGUCACCGAUUGGUGAAAUCGAUCUCGAUUUUUUCGACGUUUGGAGAACUCAAAACUGUCUCUCAAUUUCUUCCAGAUUUUUUGAUCCCUCAUUUUGAAGACAUGAGGUUUUAUACCGUUUUGGUUCAACCGAUUUUUAUUUAUGACACGUCGAUAUCACUUUCUACCACUUGUGAUCUGUUUUUGGGAACUUUUUCUUUUAAGCCCUAGCUUCUCAUAAAAAAAAUGAAAACUUGAAUUUUCGGUAGCCUUUCUAAUUAGAACGAUUAACGAUAACGAACGGUCUUGAAGUUUAAUUUCAUUCUGGAUCUGAUUUAUCGAUCACUGAAUUUCCUGAUGGAACGAUAAUAUAACAUGUCCCAUAAUUUUGAAGUUUGCUGUUAACACCAACUAGACAUUAAAAAAUAUCAAGAUACUUUGACGAAUGGCAAAGACCAAAAUUUUUUGACUUAAAAAACAUCAAAUGAAUAACACCAGACUUGUAAAAAAAUGAAAAACACAAGAAAAAAUAAUAUCUCCGAAAUGAGCUGUCAAAAAAAUCAGGAAAAAAAUUGCGAGCCAAAUUUUUCCCCCCCAAAUCACAAAAAAAUGGAGAUAAAUUUUUAGGAGGGUGAGAGUCAGCCGUUGAAUCAGUUGAACUGAAGUACUUCGCAUAUAAAAAAUUUCGCACAUCACUCUAUCAAUCCCCCAAACAAAGAACAAACAUAUUCAGUUGAAGAAGCGUGUCGUUAUAUGUGGAAAAUUUCUCUUCGCUGUGAUACUCUGUAAUCUCUCGUAUACGUGAAAUAACGAAAGCGCGAAAAAGGAAACAAGGGAUGCAAAAAAAAAAUCGAGCACAAGUAAGAUUGGUGUUCCACAUCAUGGGAUAUGGUUGGAGUUCUUCAGUCGAUGCUUCUACACCUCACUCUACUGGCCUUUUACUUCGAUCAAUCAAUCAUACGUAACACAAAAGAGAAAAAAAAAAUCAAAGUGCAAGGAAAGCUACGAAGAUGAUUACGAAUGGUUACAGAUGAAAAGAAAAAUAUAUGAAGAAUAAAAAAAAAAAAUCACGCGCAUAUAAUGAGGUCAUUUGUUGACCGAUUUUUGUACCUGGAAUUCAUAAAUAGAGACAAUUUAUUUAUCUACUGGUAUUACAAGGAAAGAUAAACCACUGUAUUAUAGGCGAUGGCAUUUCAAUUUUUCGCACUCCGUGAAUUUUAAAGGCAAGUAAUAAACCGCGAUAAAUCAUUGAAAAAUCCAGACAUAAAUAUAUAUAUUAUUAAUGGAAAAAAAGAAGGUGCAGGUCGCCGUCUAUUUAAUACACGAUCGUCUCAUCGAAAAAAAAAAAUCGAGGAAUAAAAUAAAAUGAUGAAGUACAGUUGAUGUGUACAAUGGGAGAAAGUGAGCACAAGAUAAUCAUCAAAUAAAUCACAGUUACAAACUUAAUUAGUCAUAAUUGCGUAAAAUGAUGAAAAUCUACCAGAAAAAAAAAUUAUUCCGUGAAAUUUUUGUGUCUCUAUUUUAAGACUACGAAAUUAAGUGUCCUUAAAAUUUAAGCGAUCAAAAUUGAUUAAUGAAUUAAUGACAAAUCAAUACUGGAGCGUUUGGACUCGAUCAUGAAGAUGUAAUGAACAAUUAAAUGUUUAAAUGUGAAGAAUGAAUUAGUGACAAUCAGCGACAAUCAAUUGAAUGAAACGUGAAAAUUGUAAUGAUCGACGUAUCAAACGCUUUGAGAAGUACAAUCGUCGUUUUGUCCCCCCCUAAAUUCACCACCAAAUGUGUGUACUUUAGGCAUCAGACAAUCGAAUAAUACAUGUGAACCCGCCCGUUCUCUAAUAAAUAUUAUAUUAAGCCGAUGAGAAGAAAUUUAAUGAGGAUAUGAAUCAAUGGAAUGAUAAAUUGAGAGAGAUGUUGACACUCUGUUAGUUGAAUUGAUAUUUUAAUUCAGUCAAAUUUUAAAGAAAAGAACAAUCUACUAAAAUGAUUAAAAAAAAUACUCAAAAAAAGGAGUGCCAAUGUAAUAUUUGAGGGAUCGUAAAUUUUCGACUUCUGGCAAGUGUUUAAGGCACCAUUAUCGAAUGAAAAAACAAAAUAUCUAUUGUUAUGUGUAUAGUGAACCGUUAAACCUCACAAUAAUCUUUAUCUUUGCAUCAAUUUUUCGCUUUCUAUCUUAUUGAGUAUUUGUAUUCAAAAUUUAAUGAAGAAAGGGCACAUAGCGUCGGAAGAAAAACAAGUAGUUUUCAAUGAAAGUUUAACGUUACAUUAUCAGUCAGUAAACAUCGGACAUACGACUGUGGUAUAUGAACGUCGUAUGAAGUUUAACAACAAAAGGAUCUGGAGAUUUAAAGAAGAAUAAGAAAAAAAUGAAAAAAAAAGUCAAAUGGGAAACUUUUAUCCUCACACUCUACAAAAAUGUUCUAUAUUUUUCAGAGACUUCCCGCAGAUACUACAUGGACUACUUUGACAAGAAUUCUAUUUUAACGAGAAAAAAAAAAAAUAAAACAAGACCCAAAUAAAAUGAAAAAUAAUCACAAUUUUAACCAUAUUUUUUCGUUGGUUCGGUGAUAAAAUCCCCUGACUGUGUAGUUACAACCACACACGCGUCUAGAGAUGUAUAGAUACAAUACAGUAAAUGUAUGAUAUCAAAAAUAAAUGUGGGAAAUGACAAACAUGUAAUUAUUAUCUCAUUUCUCCAUCGGAGUCAAUUUCAAAACGUCGUUUGUUCCCGGCUUCCUCUUGGUAAA